AUGUUCUUCGUAACUCGAGCGGAGAACCUCAAAAAGCAAAGCCCUGAACUACAUAUACGUUAUUUAAUCCGUCAAUCCAUGGCAGAUGAGUCUAACGUGGAGCCAGAUGCGGCAGCUAUGGCUGCUGCCCCAAAAGCUCAUGUUCAAGCAGCUACUGUAGUUGUGAUAGCCACGCAACCAGCACCGUGCCCUUGUCCGCAUCCUCACGAGUCGAAGCCAGCUGUUAUAGUCGAAACGAAGCCUGCUCCCUGUCCAUGCUGCGUACACGGAGCCGCUUCAGCCGCAGCUGCAGCUCCAGCUCCAGCCAAAGCACCAGCCCAACCUCCGCCCCCACCUCCACCUCCACCAGCUUCGAAAAUUCCUCCAAAGGCUGCUGCAAAAUCACCGAAAAAAUCGGAUGGCGGAGGCGGGUUUGUUGAGGAGGUAGAACUGUGGAGAUAAAAAAGCAACUCGAAUAUCAAAUCCAGUAAUCUGCAUAAUAUUGAC